AUGGCUGCUGAACCCGAGCGCAAGGUCUGGCAACCUAUCCAUCCCGACUUCCUCGACAAGCUGCUUCCUGAGUAUGUCGCGUACCACAACGAGCACAUUCGCUAUACCCCCGCCGCUCAGCAGGUGCCCUGGGAUCCGAGCGUUCGCGUCAAACUCCAAGCUGGGGGAGCUUCUGAGCCUCUGCAAGUCGGUCCCGGGCGCGAUGUCUCGCUGAGCAAGUGCGCAAUGCGCGUUUGGACUCCGGAGGGUGCACCACCCGCAGAUGGCUGGCCCGUGUUGUUAUUUUUCCAUGGAGGUGGCUGGACACUUGGGACUAUCUCCACCGGAACGUCGUUUUGUACGAGCAUGUGCAAGCGCGCGAACUGCCUUGUAUUCUCGGUUGAUUACCGUCUUGCGCCAGAGAACCCUUAUCCCGCUGCCGUGGAGGACGCUGUAGAGGCACUAGAAUGGGUUCACACCCACGGUAAAGCCGAGUUCGGCGCGAACGUCCUCAAGAUCGCCGUCGGUGGCGGCUCUAGCGGUGGGAAUCUCGCCGCAGUGCUCACGCACAAAGCGGCAUUGGUGAAUCCUCCGAUUCCUCUCUGCUUCCAGCUGCUCCUUGUCCCCGUCGUCGACAACACCGCGUCGGAGUCCGGUGAGCCUUACCCCUCCUGGCGUGAAAACGCGCAGACCCCAUGGCUCUCCGUCACCCGCAUGAUGUGGUUCCGCAAGCUCUACCUUCCGAACGAGGCCGACUGGGCCUCGUGGGACAACUCCCCGAUCUACGCAUCCGAAGCGCUUUUCGCAAAAGCGCCCCCGGCGUGGGUUGCCGUGAUGGAGCUGGACAUCUUGCGCGAUGAGGGAAUCGCGUACGGCGAGAAGCUGAAGAAGGCGGGUGUUCCUGUUGAGGUGAAGAUGUACAAGCGUGUUCCACAUCAGGUCAUGUCCAUGGACGUUGUGCAUUGUAUCAAGGUUGUAAGUGUAUUGAACCGAGGAACGGGUCACAUAAAGUUGCCUUGA